AUGGCUGAGCAGCUGAUCUUGAAGGGCACCCUCGAGGGCCACAAUGGCUGGGUCACCAGCUUGGCCACGUCGAUGGAGAACCCCAACAUGCUCCUGUCCGCCAGUCGUGACAAGACCCUGAUUAUCUGGAACCUGACCCGCGACGAGUCGCAAUACGGCUACCCCAAGCGAUCUCUCCACGGCCACUCCCACAUCGUCUCCGACUGCGUCAUCUCCUCCGACGGUGCCUACGCUCUGUCUGCCUCGUGGGAUAAGACUCUGCGCCUGUGGGAGCUCGCUACCGGCACCACCACCCGCCGAUUUGUCGGCCACACCAACGACGUUCUCUCCGUCUCUUUCUCCGCCGACAACCGCCAGAUCGUCUCCGGUUCCCGCGACAGGACCAUCAAGCUGUGGAACACCCUGGGUGACUGCAAGUUCACCAUCACCGACAAGGGCCACACCGAGUGGGUUUCUUGCGUCCGCUUCAGCCCCAACCCCCAGAACCCCGUCAUUGUCUCCAGCUCUUGGGACAAGCUUGUGAAGGUCUGGGAGCUCUCUACCUGCAAGCUGCAGACCGACCACAUUGGACACACCGGCUACAUUAACACUGUCACCAUCUCCCCCGACGGUUCUCUAUGUGCUUCCGGUGGCAAGGACGGUACCACCAUGCUGUGGGACCUUAACGAGUCCAAGCACCUCUAUUCCCUGAACGCCGGUGACGAGAUCCACGCCCUGGUCUUCUCUCCCAACCGAUACUGGCUUUGCGCUGCCACGGCUAGCAGCAUCAUCAUCUUCGACUUGGAGAAGAAGAGCAAGGUCGACGAGUUGAAGCCUGAGUUCCCCUCGGUUGGUAAGAAGAGCCGAGAGCCCGAGUGCGUGUCGCUCGCCUGGAGUGCGGACGGCCAGACUCUGUUCGCUGGUUACACCGACAACAUCAUCCGCGCGUGGGGUGUCAUGUCGAGAGCAUAG